AUGGUCGAUGUUGGGAUUCAACACAUGGGGUUCUUCAGCAACAUAUUUCUCAAAGUAUUUGAUGACAUAAUGAGUACUUAUGAAGAGUCGAUUGCUCCAAUUGCGUCGAUAACAGAUUACGACAGUGAUAUGGAUAGAAAAGUGAAACAAAUUGAGAAAGCAGAAGAGCUGAAAGAAAGUACGGUGAAAGAAACGAUUGAGAAUCUUCACAGAAUGAGACAGGCUAGUGAAACGAACAUUUGUAUCAAGAUGGCGGAAGAAGUUUUUCAAAAUAUUUCGACAAAAGAGAAUAUAACGUCAAAAGAUGAUGAGAUUGUGAAAGUAAUGAAGGAAUUGGAAAUUGAUCAGCGGACAGCCAGAGCAUACUCUCCAAUCGAUAUCAAAAUUCCUAAUUACAACUUGGAAAGAACAAUGUUUGAAUGGGGCUCUGGAGGACCAACCGUCAAGCAGUAUCAACUUAUAUCUCAUGUAGUGAAACUAUACAGAAAAGAAGCAAAGGCUUGGUUUGUGAACACCGUCUCUUGUUAUAUAUCGUUUCGUGAGAAUGGCGACAAGUGGAUUCAAAAUCUCGAGUUAGCUGUUCCGAUGCUAGACUGCUUCACCAUGAACAAGCAUGAAGAAGAUUGUCUCAUCCGGGCGUUUUUACCUGGUAACGAAGAUCAUAUGAAAGAAGAGAAUUAUCUUGUGGAUGGACCUUCUCUUGGAAGAGUAUUCUUAGGUAUCGAUUUUUACACAAAGCAUAACAAUGUCUUCAAAGCUUUCGUAGCGAAAACAAUGGCUUUGAACCCGAAAAUACGUGAACGCCUCGCCGCCCAAUACCUCUACAAACGAAUGGUCGAACUGAGUAAGAAAUUCUUCCACUCACAGGACCUCAAGUACAAUUACAUACGGAUAGCUUGGGAAAGAAAGUUCAAUUAUAUGGACGACUACAUGGUCUGCUUGGUUUUGUUCAUUAGAGACAAGACAGCUAACAUUACCUGGGACGAAAUCGAGGAAAUUAUCUAUCCACUGGCUAAAGAGGUGCUGCGUGCUUGUUUUGCAGUCUCGUACAACGCGGAGUUAGAGAAACUGGCGCCACCAAUCGAGUAUUAG